CCACCCACCACCUCUUCAAGAAAUGAAAGCUACUCCUCAGGCUCCCACCAUGGAAGGAGUACCUCAUGCUACCUUGGAAUUCCUAUUUAGAGAGAGCCCACAAUGUCUGAGCUCAGAGUGCCUCCCAGAGACCAGCUCUAGUGGAGAUGGGUUGGCUUCUCUCUCUAUCUUUCUUUCUUAUUCUCACAGCAGCAUCUUCCCUGGAAGAAGAUGUUCCUCACAGCUCGUGCUCUUCCAAGUUCAUGGAUGAACUCCACCGCCUCAACGACAGCUCCGGCCUCCACCUCACUCUCCACCACCCCCGGAGUCGCUGCUCCCCGGCGCCCUUCCCCAACCUCACCUUCUCCACCAUCCUCUCCCACGAUGAGGCGCGCGUCCGGUCCCUCACCGCCCGGCUAACCAAAACCGUGUCGCUCCCCGUCGCCCCCCUCCUCCGGCCGGCCGCCGUCUCCAUCCCCCUCUCCCCCGGCGCGUCUACUGGAGUCGGCAACUACGUCACCCAAAUCGGCCUCGGCACGCCCGCCAAGUCCUACGUCAUGGUCGUGGAUACCGGCUCCUCCCUCUCCUGGCUCCAGUGCUCCCCGUGCAGGAUCUACUGCCACGACCAGGUUGGCUCCGUCUUCGACCCCGCCGCCUCCGCCUCCUACCGCCCCGUGUCGUGCUCGGAGUCGGAGUGCGACAGCCUCGAGUCCGCCACCCUCAACCCUUCUGCAUGUUCCCUGGACGAUGUCUGCAUAUACCAGGCCAGUUACGGUGACCGCUCCUUCUCCGUCGGCUACCUGAGCAAGGACGUGCUGUCCUUGGGUUCAGGUCAAAGGCUGGCCGGCUUCGUGUACGGCUGCGGCCAGGACAACGAGGGCCUCUUCGGCCGGUCGGCCGGCCUCAUCGGCCUGGCGCGUAACAGGCUUUCCCUGCUGUCUCAACUGGCGCCAAGCUUAGGCUAUUCCUUCUCUUACUGCCUCUCCACUGCCGCAUCCACCGGAUACCUCUCGAUCGGCUCCUACAACGCGAGGCAGUUCUCGUACACUCCGAUGCAGUCGAGCUCGCUGGACAACUCCCUGUACUUUGUGAGACUCACCAGUAUCACCGUUGGCGGGCGAGGCCUGCCGGUGUCGUCGUCCGCCUACACCGGCACGCCGACAAUCAUCGACUCGGGGACGGUCAUCACGAGGCUCCCGUCGAACGUAUACGCCGCGUUGAGCAGCGCGAUUGCGGCGGCGUUGAAGGAGUACCCGCGGCAGCCGGCGUACUCGAUACUCGACACGUGCUUUAGGGGAAGCCUGAGCAGGCUGGCGGUGCCGGCGGUAGAGAUGGUGUUCCAGGGCGGCGCGACGUUGCGGCUCGCGCCGAGGAAUGUAAUGAUCGACGUGGACGGCUCCACAACUUGCCUGGCGUUCGCCCCGGCUAGGAGGGUGGCCAUCAUCGGCAACAAGCAGCAGGAGACGUUCAGUGUAGUUUACGAUGUGGGCAGGUCCAGGAUCGGGUUCGCCGCCGGCGGUUGUGGCUAAGAUUGUGGUGGGUUGUCGUGCAUGGCUGCAUUGGCUUCAAUGCAGGUGAUGAGACGGUCAUAGGCAGUAAGAAAGGUAGUACGUGGUGUUAUAAUGAUACUGAUUCUUCAGUUAAUUCAAAACAUGCUAUCUUACUUUUUCA